AGCAAUCAGUGCGACACCUUCACAUGACUAGCGCAACUCCUUAGUGACUAGACGCUUAUUUGAGAUUCACACCUGGCACAAAUUGGCACAAAUGCGCGACCCUUCGUUUUCGAUACUCACGCCCGUCGAAAACUCGAGAUACGAAGCUACGGUGGCUGUUUGUUUUUGAUUUCGAUUCGUUUGUUCAUAAGCGUAUGUCAGAACGUGGACAUAAUAAUCGUCUGGAGCCGCGUGUGUGUUGUGUGUUAGCAUCGGUUGCGACUAAAUGGACAAAAGGUUAUGUUAUGUUACGCCGCGCGGUACGGUAUGGUAAUCGCGCGAUCCCCUGGAGAUUCGUUGUCUGCUGCGUUAACUUCCUUGAUGGCAUCACGGGUGACAGGUGGAUGCGGAUAACGCUUUCGUCAUUUCGCGUUAACUUCCCGUGGUCGCAAAGUAAUGAACUGCGCAUCGUAUACGGGAGUGGCGUCCAGGAUGUCGCGCGAUCGUCGUGCAUCGUCAUCGAGGUGAUUAUUGCUAAGUAGUAGUAUAAUAGUGUUUUCGUAAGUGAGUGCUAGUGCUGUAAGAAAGCAAUAAGCAGGAACAGGAGAGGAGAAGGACCUGGCAGGCACUAGGCAACGGCGGAACAACCACGAGGUUAAGCUAGCACAGCCAUUGUUUGUAAGUGAGUGCUAGUGCUGUAAGAAAGCAAUAAGCAGGAACAGGAGAGGAGGAGAAGGACCUGACAGGCACUAGGCAACGGUGGAGCAACUACGAGAUUAAUGUAGCUGUGUUACAACUCUGCUGCUGCGCACCGGUCCAAAUCCCGGAUAUUGAAUCGAGACGAAAGCGAUGCGGAUACGAGAACGGGGGAAUCAUCUACGUGAGGAUAAGAAGACGGAAGGACGAGAGACGAGAUAAUCGGGACAGCGAUUGCUGCUGCGAUUAAAUCGCAGGAGAGAAGAUCGCCAUCUGAGAGAAGAUGGCUGAGUAACUCCGUUCGUUGCGCAUCGGGUCGGUCAGCAUGAGCAGGAAAGAAUUUUUAGCGACAAACGAAACGAGAAGCUAAGAACGCAUGCCUAAAUUAGCCUGGGAAGCGGAUAAUUUGCUGGUAAGCGGCUAACGGGUCACUUCUAGGGGAUAAUAGAUCGCCGACUGGUGUCCCGAAGACUCAUCAGAAAACUGGUCGACUCUCAUGGCAGCGCGGAAACUCGCAGCCCUCUUCGCCGCGGUCCUGCAACUUUGCUUAUGCCAAAUCACCCCGGAAGUUUUGCCCGAGUUCUUAGCUCCUUUGGAAAAUCACACGGUGAUCCAAGGUCGUGACGUCUUCUUCACCUGCGUCGUUAAUCAUCUGCAAUCGUACAAGGUAGCCUGGAUAAAAUCGGAUUCCCGAGCGAUUCUGGCAAUACACACGCACAUGGUGGCGCACAAUAACCGACUAUCCGUCACGCAUAACGGGCACAACACGUGGAAACUGCACGUGUCGAAUGUCCAGAAGAACGACUCCGGUACCUACAUGUGUCAAGUCAAUACCGACCCUAUGCGCAGUCAGAUGGGAUACAUGGAAGUAGUGAUACCGCCUGACAUAAUGGACGACGAGUCCGCAGAAGGUAUGGUUACUCACGAAGGAGGCAAUAUAAGAUUGCGAUGCGUCGCCACCGGUUCGCCAAAGCCUACCGUCACUUGGAAACGAGAGGACGGUCGUAACAUCAUCCUCAGAGAAGAUGGGCAGAAACAAUCUUUAAAAACUGUCGUCGGCGAGACGCUGGAACUGACGGGGGUGCUUCGGCAAGAGAUGGGCACGUAUCUCUGCAUAGCUACCAACAAUGUGCCACCGACGGUCAGCAAGCGUUACUCCGUCGAUGUUCACUUUUCACCUCUCAUUAAGGUGGCAAAUCAAUUAGUGGCUGCGCCGAUUAAUAGCGAUGUUGUGCUGCAAUGUUACGUCGAAGCAUCGCCGCACGCCAUGAACACGUGGUACAGAGAUACAGGCGAGAAACUGCUACCCAGCGACAAAUACGUAAUGACGGAGCACCCGUUGAACGAGUACUCUUGGCAAAUGAAUCUCACUGUCAAUUCCCUGGAAAAACGGGACUUCGGCGGAUACGUGUGCUCGUCCGUCAACGCGCUCGGGAAAUACGAUGGCGUAGUGCGAUUGCAAGAGCUGCAUCUUUCCGCGAAGACGACACCCACGACACUCACGAAGAAUACGGAUAGGCAGCGCAAGAAGCCGAUAUUGAAGGGUAAAAAGAAAAAUAACAAUAGUAACGGUAGACGAGGCCACGCGGGUUUCGAGGACGGUGACUUCGUCAGCGGUGAUGAUGAUUUCGGUACAACGCAGAUCAUGACAGGUAGUACUCAGGAGGGCCAAAGAACGGACAGGCCCAUCACCGCGCCUUCCUUACCGCCACCUUGGGUCGUUUUGAAUGUCGCGAACCUCAGGCAUCCCUCGGUAUCCGCGAUUUUACUUUUGCUUCUUCUGCUGACCACUUUGUAAGGCGACGCCGAAGAGCUUCAGGAAUAAAAGUGAAUAUGAGAAAAACGGCGAUUAUGAAGAUUCACGAGCCGGACCGUGGAACGAUAGAUUUAGAAGAUCUCGAUCCUGCGCGAAACAGGUAGAAAAAAAUUAAUAUUUCAUGAAACAUUUGAUAACGGUGAUUUGACUCGACUGAAGAGACUGAGAUUUUUCAAAUCAAAAUAAGACACGCUUGGAAUUAUUUUGAAUUUUUGAAAACACUUUUUGUAUUUUUAUUGGUCUCGGUCGAUACUUGUCGAUAAUUGUCGAAUAUAUAAUAUUUAACUUUGAACUUAAUUUCUCAAAUUUUUUAAAUUACAAUUACGUAAUUUUUUUAUAUUUUUAUAUUUAUAAUUUUUUAAUAUAUAACCAUAUUUUUUAUCUCCUAGAAUAAAAUCAGUCUUGUAAAAUAUUCAACGUUACAUAACUGCCUUGUGGAAAACGAUUAUCUCCGUCGUUAAUAAUGGCGAAAGUUUUCUCUCAAAGGUUGUCAGAAUAUAUUUAAAGAGAGUAAUCAUUACAAAGAAAUCUCUGAAUAUUACGGACUUUUCUACUUUAAUCAUUAUUUGAUGUACUUUACGUUUUUUGCGAUGUCAAAAUGCUUUCUCAGAUUACGCGCUCCGCGCUCUAAGAAUCGAUCGUGAAAUCCAAUAUCUUUGAGGGGUAGAAAACCAAUCUCUUUAAGGGGAGAAAAGCCUGAUUCCGACGGAAUCUGACAUCGACUGCUUGGUCAUUAUCUUCAUUACCCCCUAUCAUCUAUAUAAUUUCCUGGCAGCUUUUAUCUUUUUAAUCACGAUUUUAAGGUAAACAUAAAAUUUGUCGUGCAAUUAAUUUGAAAGAAUCUAUCUUUAUAAAAUUACAAUUUAUGAAAAAACUAAUCAUUGCAAACUAUCACAAUCAUUUCUAAAAUAUUAUUCAGAUAUUUGAAACAUAUUUUUAAGGAAGAACAGGGUAAGUUGUUUUCUCUUUCUCACUCUCAAUUAGAUAAAAUGAGAUAUUUAAUUCCUUGUUCAUAAGAGUUUAUAACAUCUCGCGUAUCACCGGGCACCAUUUGCAUACAAAGCUGUUAUAAAUUCAGGGUAGAGAUUAAUGAAUGAACUUAGGAAAGCAAGCAAAGGGGUCAGUUGGAGAACCCUCGUGGAUCUUCAUUAGUCGCCUAAAAGUAACGCAAAGGGACACGCCGUGCGUACGCGACAAUCCUAUCUGGGUAGGUCAGUCCCUCUGGCGAUGAUUGUAAAUAUAAAUGAAGAACGAGUAAAUUUGGUCAAAAUGUACAGAAAAAAGUGACUCUGUUUCCGAAUCACUUAGACCUCAUAACAGUGCUUUUAAAAUUGAGUGCUUCUUAAAUUAACAAAUGAAAAUUUAUUAAAAGACACUAGUAUUUUUUAAAAAUAAUUUUAAUUAUCAUAUGCACAUUAAAUAACUACAAUUAUAUAACAAUAUUAUGAAAUCUUGCGUCUCUUACGUUUUAAAUUUUUGUUCAUUAUCGUUAUCACAAUUUGAUGAUUAUAAAUUGGUGUAAUUGCGAAUCUUCCUUUAAAAACGUUUCUGUAGCACUGUUUGAAAAUUUGAGGCUAGUGAUGAAAAUAGAGUCGAGAUGAUGAGGCGGAGGCGUGCGAAACUACGCUGAGGAAACAAGAAAAAGAAAGAAAUAGGUCUUCCCCUUAUUCGAUAUAACAAGGAUGUAUUUCUAGAUGCGAUCGAAUGUAGUCACUGCCGCGACCAAAAAGAUCGUGUCGAGACUUUCGACAGGGUCUCUUGUAAAUAUACGCGACACGAUGUCAACACGUGAGUUAGAGAGGCUCUUCCUCUCUCUCUCUCUAUCUCUUUUUCUCUCGUUUAGAUGUAACCGGCGCGAUUAAUCGGACUGUAGAUAAAAUACAGGUCAAACAAGUUCGUGCAUCGCCCGAUCGACACGGCGAACACGGAAAAAGGAGAUAACAUCGGGAUGCGAAUGUGCCGGAACUGCGAGAUGAGUUCUCCGUACCGACAUCCUCCAUGCCGCAGAGUUCGUGUAGAUCUCGUCGUGGCUAUUGAAUUUAACCGUUCAACAAACCUCGCAAAAAGCUGAAGCAGGAGACAAACAAAUCUGUAGGAAAUAGACGGAAUAGAAAACUUCUUGUUUUUUUUUUUUUACGCUAUUACGAGAAAAUUGUUCUACGUCAAUCGUUUUAUGCUUUCAUCAUGUAGAAGCAACACGAAAUUUACGCGAUGCACGAACUUUCUCAUUCGACGUUAAGAAUUUUCGCAGAUCAAUGUUUGUACACUUGCCGCUUGGAGUUGAAAUAUACGGAAAUUGUUCCUUUCGCUUUGUAUAAACAGUUAACAAUUGAGACAUUAGCAUAACAAGUAAAAAAAUUUAACCAAAAUUUCAUUUUUAACGAAUGUCAAAUCUGAUCUUCACUUUGUUACACUAUUACAUUUUUUUCUUUGUAUUAUAUCCAUAUAGCAAACAAUCUGCUUGUAGAUAUAUAGAUAGUGAAAAUUCGUCAGCUUUCCUAUAAUUGAGCGGUUCGAAAUGCGAUAACGUGGGUUAGUUAAUUGAUGCUGACGGGAGCUCCAUGGAGCCUCUUCUGAGUUACUCUGUGCAUACGUAAUUUCCUGUUUCCGGCAUUCGCUAUUGUUCGAAACGAAUCACUGCCUGCUGUUAUUGUUGCUGUUGAGAAUUUCAAAUGUAUCGAUAUAAAAUACAAACCGAUCGAUAAGACGCAAAGCUCUGUCGAACGAGAUAAGAUUUAUUCGAGAUUCGCCGACCCCCGCGUUUCGCUGGCGACCGUUUUGCGCGGCCACGUUUUGUCUUCCACGAUACUUUUUUAUCUUUCCACGAGCAUCUGUCGCGACCAGGGCACUGGGCAGGCUAAAUGUGCGCUCGAUUAUCGCAAAUUGGCGUGGCUUAAUUCGGUCGAUGCACUCUUACGAUUAGAUGAGCCGACGUAUAUUGUAGUCCGUACGCAGAGCGGAGGGCACGACAAUAAAUACGGUAUAGUGAAGUCUCGUCAGAUCGGACUUUCAUUCGGCUUAAAAGCUCGCUAGAAAAUGCCGGCGAUUUUAAUAUUGCUUGAAUAUUUAUUCAGAAAUUAUCUCACUCUGAGAUUUGUCGGAUGAUUCGUCGUAUUGAUUUAAUUGAGCUUUUAUUUACGAUACGUUAUUAUCGCCAAUUAUUCAACUGAAUAAUUGACAUUCAUGCGAGUUAAAUAAAUUAAUGUAACGAAACCGCACAUUGUACCGUUAGAUAAAGUGUAUUUUUUUAUCAUUCGUGUUUGCGUUAAUGAGUUUAUAUUGUACAGUUCGAAGAAUCGAUUCUGUACUGUAAAUACUUAAUACAUUAUUGUAUUUAAAUAUAUAUACACACACACUUAGCGAUAAUGGUGGCACUUUGCAGAAAUCUGGCGAGUUUUUAAGCACAUCACCGACUUGCUUGGCGCACUCCAUAUAAAAUAUGCAGGGUGUAUAAAAAAUAUAUUGUGCGCAUGUCUUCACGUAGCUGCAGCGUGCUCGAUAAA